UAUAUAACAAAUAAUUUGAGCUGCCACAUUAUGUCUGACACAGAGCAGUACGAUGCUUCAAACGACACACUUAACGACACUAAUGACUUGAUGAACGAUUCAGUGGAGGAUGCCGAGCUGGAGGCUAUCAAGGCUCGAGUGAAGGAGAUGGAAGAAGAGGCGGAGAAGCUGAAGGAAUUACAAGCAGAAACAGAGAAAACUAUGGGAAUGCAGAGUAAUGGUACCUCUCCUACAGCUGCAGCGUUCCCGACCCCCGAAGAAAAAGAAGAAGCAGACAGAAGAUCAGUAUAUGUUGGUAACGUGGAUUACAGUUCAACAGCUAAGGAGCUGGAACAACAUUUUAGAGGGUGUGGCACUAUUAACAGAGUAACAAUUCUCUGUGAUAAGUUCACUGGCAAUCCUAAAGGGUUUUCUUAUAUCGAGUUUUCAGACGAGGCAUCAGUAGAGGCCGCUGUAGCACUUCACGAAUCUUUGUUCAAAGGUCGACAGAUAAAAGUAUCAGUGAAGAGAACGAAUCAACCCGGUAUGAAUCGAGGACGAGGAAGGGGACGAGGCUUCGGGCGAGGUGGUAUGGGCUUCAUGGGGCCCGGUGGUAUGAUGUACGUACCUGUACCCAUGUCUGGAUUCGGGUCGGGAUAUGGUGGUUCCAGUUAUCGAGGCAGUCGGGGAAGAUCCAGAGGUCGAGCUAGCCACUACACUCCUUACUAAUUUCCUCCUAACUCCAACUACUUCUGAAAACAAGAACCAGCGUGAUGGCAGAGAGACAGUUGUUCUAUUUUACCCCUAAUUUUAACUGUAUCCGAAAAGUAACACCAUUUCAAACUGUUUAAAGCUGAUUUCACAUUAGUUAACUUGAAUCUGUUAUAUCCUUGGUUGAUUCGUCUGUCAAAUUCUUUACAUUCUAGACGAUCCAAUAUUGCCCAGAGUAUUUUACCAAAAAACGGAAUUCAACUUUAAAGUUGUAAUAUUUUGAGUAUUAAGAUCUUUGACAAAAGCCAUGCUGACCAAUAACCUUGCCGGACAUUAUAAAUGGACAAAUUUCAUUUUUAAAUUUAAAGUACAUAAUGGAAAAUCUCACCGACCAAUUCAUGUUUGAUAUAGAAAAGCGACAUGUACAUACAUAUGUAUGAUAAGAUGACGAUGGUGACAACAGUAAGGUAUAGCUCAACUCGUACAUUUGAACAGAACUAUUUCCAUGAGCAAUAUUAUUAUGGACUUCAUUAUCCGCGCUAAAAGAUUUGGUGAGAUAACAAUGCCCGGUAUUGAGUACACAAUAGAAAAUAACAGUUACGGUUCUUUCUUUAUUUAAUAUUUGCUGUUCCAUACAGUUUGCCAAACCAGUUAUUUCCAGAGUUGUUUAAA